AUUCACCGGAGUUUCCUCUUUAGGUUUCUUCUCCUACCGAGAGGCAGACAGAGGUAGGGUUAUACCCAUCAUGGGGACUCGCCUGGUUUCCCCAGAAACUGCAGCUCUUCUCGGUGCCUUGGUUGCGCUUUUGGCCGUCAGCUUCGGCGCCGUGGCGGCGCCGGCGCCGGUCGUGGUUGGCUCCAUCAAGUGCUUGGAUUGCUCUCCCGACGACGUCAGAGCUGAGGAUGCGUUCAGAGGUCUUCAAGUAGGCAUCAUGUGCAACUCCGGCGCCGGCGAGGCCUACGAGACGAAGAUGCUCGGCAACCUUGACGAGAACGGAAGCUUCAGCAUCCCGCUCGCGGCCGACCUCCUCCGCAACGACGGCGAGCUUGACAAGGACUGCUUCGCGCAGCUCCACACCGCGCCUGAGACGCCAUGCGCCGGGCAGACCCCGCCCAGGAUCGCAAAGGCCGGGACUGGCAACGGCACCAUCGCCGCCGCCACCGCAGACGCCGCGCCGACCUACCUCGCGGUCUCGGACGACACGGUCUUCUCGCCCGUCGCGUGCAAGUGCGGCAAGUACAAGAAGAAACACUUCAUGUUCGCCCCGCCGCCGCCGCCGCCGCCCAGGCCUCCGGCACCGGAGUACAAGCCCCCGACGCCGACUCCGACUCCUACGCCGGAGCCAACGUACGGACCUCCAGCUCCGAAGCCGCCCGCGCCGCCGGUGGAGGACGAGCCGGAGCCGUUCUUCCACAAGCACCCGAAGAUGAAGUUCAUGCACAAGAAGAAGCCGUGCCCGCCGCUCGUCGACGAGGAGAUGCCAGUGCCACGGCCCAAAAACUGAGCUGCGCACGACGUCGCAAUCUCCAUCUAAGGAUUUCUUCGUCGAGUCGAUAGCUUUUGUUUGUCCCGUCACAGUUGUUGUUAGCGAUUGUUUGGUUGGUUUGGUUCGUGCUGUUUUCGCUGGCAUUGCAGUUUCAGACUUUUGGUUAUUCGUCGCUUUUUGUUUGUGAAAUAAAGAUUGUGAUCAGAACUUUCAAUUGCUUCUAGACAUGGAUGUAAUAGAAUUCGAAUGGUGUAAUCAUGAACCAUUACCUAUACAAUCCAACGACCAUAUGCUAUAUUUGUUGUGGCCAACUCCGUUGCAUAUUAUUUAUGGUAUAA